ACACUUUGAUUGUAACUUCGCGCGAAUUCGGUUACGUUCUGUAACCAAGCUUGUAUCCUGACACGAUCUCAGUAUCCUUUCGAUACCACGAGAUCGCCAGCGAAUAUAUCUCGAUUUGGUCCACUAACUGUCUUCUGAUAUUUGGCUUCUCGGGGAUUUUAUGGAUUUAUUUGGUUACGCUCUACCUUCGCCUUCUGAUUUACUUGGCACGUGUUUCUUGGUAGCGGUGUUCACAGUUAAUCCCAACUCGACACCACGCUACAAUCGUGUGAACCCGCUCUGGCAGAAAUAUAUUAUUGAUGAUUGUUAAUUCCAAAAUUUUUGAUUCAAUUCUUAAUACUAACAAAAUGAAAAUCUACUUCAACAUUAUUUAAAAGUAAAACAAAGUGGUAUUAUAAUAAUGAAGAACGGUUUAGCAUAGAGAUAUCUUAACAAGUCACAUCAAAUUACAUAGUAAUAACCGUAAGUUAAAAGCUUGUAUCCUGGCACGAUCUCAGUAUCCUUUCGAUGCCACGAGAUCGCCAGCAAAUAAACCUCGACUUGGUCCAUUAAUUGCCUUCUGGUAUUCGGCUUCUCGGGGAUUUUAUGGAGUCAUUUGGAACGAGCUUCUUACGCCUUCUGAUUCGCUUGGCACGUGUUUCUUGGUAGCGGUGUUCAUAGUUAACCUCAACUCGACGCCACGCUACAAUUAAUAAUCCCAAUACGAAUACAAUUGGUGACCCGUAUUUUGGAACACGCCUCAACUUCUGAUCAAAUCUUCUAAAGAAGCCAAUUCGGUGAGUCUAUGAUUUAUCUAUCCACGUCUGUCGUAUAUUUUCAUAUUUUUUAAUAUAUAAUAUACGCGACAUGACGGAUAACGAUAAGAAUAGUAUUAAUAUAAUAGACUCACACGUAUGUGUACCGAAUCCUUGUCACUUUUUAUUCGCGUGAUGAUGAAUUCCACGCUUUAUUCGAGAAAUGUUACCCUAUUAACGAUUCUGCACGUACUGCAUUCACUGAAAUCAAAACGGCUCUUGCGCAAGCCACUCUUCUCGCCCAUCCCGAUCCAUCAGCCACGCUUAGUAUAGCGGUUGAUGCAUCCGAUGUUGCUAUAGGAGCAGUCAUGCAACAAAACAUCUCCGGUAGUUGGCAACCUCUCGAGUUUUUCUCACGACGCCUUACUGCCACGGAGACGAGAUAUAGCGCUUUUGGUCGCGAGCUGCUAGCAGCCUACUGCGCCAUCAAACAUUUUCGGCACGCAGUAGAAGGACGUCGAUUCAUUUUAUUCACCGACUAUAAGCCCUUAACGUAUGCUUUGCAUACCAAGUCUGACCGCUACUCACCACGAGAGUGCAGACAUUUGGACUAUAUCUCCCAGUUCACGACAGACCUUCGUCACAUCCAAGGCAAGUCGAACUGUGUUGCCGAUGCUCUAUCACGAAUCCAAAUGAAUGCAGUUACCCUGCCGGUGCUCGAUCUUCAUGCUAUGGCCGCUGCCCAAGCAAACGAUCCCAGCUGUACAGAAGCACCACACUCUACGUCCCUUCAGUAUCAGGAAGUACCUCUAGCCACGACUUCUGGCACCAUUCUAUGUGAUACUUCUACUGGUCUUCCUCGACCCAUCGUACCCUCUGCUUAUCGCCGUCCCGUAUUCGAUGCCCUACAUGGAUUAUCUCACCCAGGUAUCGCAGCUACAUUACGCCUCAUCGCUGCACAAUACGUCUGGCCGUCCAUGAAUAAAGAUGUUCGUAUGUGGGCUAAGCAAUGCUUACAAUGUCAACGAUCAAAAGUGCAUAGGCACGGAGCCGCCCCCCUCGGUACAUUCGCUACGCCUGAUGCUCGCUUCGAUCACGUUCACUUAGACAUUGUAGGACCACUGCCACCAUCGCACGGGUAUGAUCACAUACUCACGUGCAUCGACCGCUUCACCAGAUGGCCCGAAGCUAUACCCAUCACGUUUAUCACGGCGGAGACAGUUGCUCACCGCUUCGUAGAACGAUGGAUAGCUCUAUAUGGUUGUCCCUCGACCGUCACGACUGACCGAGGACAACAAUUUGAGUCCGCACUAUUCUCCUCACUUACUCGGCUGCUUGGUACGGAACGAAUACGCACUACCGCCUACCAUCCAGCUUCAAACGGUUUAGUUGAAAGGUUUCACCGGCAACUUAAAAGUGCUCUUCGAGCACACGAAAACGACGACUGGUACGAAACCUUACCGCUCGUUCUUUUAGGUAUCAGAACGAGUUUAAAGGCAGAUAUCCAAUGUUCCGCCGCUGAACUUGUAUACGGCACGACAUUGCGUCUGCCCGGGGAAUUCUUCACACCACGGAGCAGACCUAAUUUCGCUAAAUCAGACUACGUCCAACGACUGUCUGCAUUUAUGCGAACGCUGCCUCCGGUGUCAACUCGAAUACAACAUCGACAGGUCGCUCUCCCUCGAGAGUUAUCUACCUGUUCACAUGUUUUUGUACGAGUAGAUUCGGUACGCAAACCUUGGCAACAACCUUACGAAGGCCCUUUUCACGUGAUCGCUCGUCACGAAAAGACCUUCAAGGUUGAUCGAUAUGGACGCGUCGAGAUCGUCAGCGUUGAUCGUCUCAAACCAGCACACGUCGAUGACAGUGCCCUAUCUGACACCCUGAGAUUCAAUGCUAGACCUAUCAAACCUAGCGGGAUCCUUAAAUCUUCUUCAGGUCCCACGCUAGAUGCAUCUGAGACCUCAUUCUCACGUCCCGGUCAACAGCACGCGUCAUCUGCACCGUCUACGGACGAGACGAUAGUCUCACGUCCAGAUCAGCAGACCACGCCGCCUCUGACCUCGGAUGAGAUUGCAGGCUCACGCGAUACGAACGAGACUGCCGUCUCACGUUCCGGUCGCCGAGUACGGUUGCCCGUACGCUUCCGUGAAUAGUCGCACAGUCAACAGCCGAUACGGUGUAGGGUUAUUCCUAUGCUACAUGCAUGCUACACUCCUCUUUUUUUAUUUUCUUUUUGUUUCCUGAGCCCACGCCUUCGACCAUCUCCGUUUGGUUCCGUCGACUUCAGUCAACUUUGGCGAAAGCUGGAUUGGCCACCCACGCUCUUGUCAACGCACUCAGUCGAUAUAUUGGUUUCGAAUGCUUGGCAUACGCUUGGUCUCGAACUUGGUCGUUACGGUCGCUUCUGGUCUUUUGGCUCAACGUGGUUUCGUCCUACGUCUGCAGCGUUUCUGGUGCGCACCUCUAUGAACGCCCUCUUCAGAUUCUGGAUACAAACCACUCUGGUGUAGCAUGCCAAUUCGAGCAAUAAAUACAACACAUCGCUCCUGGUACUGUUCUCCGAAAACGACCUUCGUUGGCAACUCGACGAUCAACGAUCGCUUUCCUGUUCGCCAAUUCUUCCGUCCUACAAUCGCUCGUCAGCUGAUCAGUCCCACGAUUCAAACCGCUAUUUAUCGAAAGUGUAAACCCUUUCUAGCGGGGGGCUCCUGUAGUGACUCACGUUUAUCACGAGAACACGACUGGUUUAAUAAAAACAAUUAUUAUUAUAACCAACUGUACCAGUGUUUGUUUUAACGUGCUUUUGUUUGACUGUGCUAAUGACAGCUAUUUUGUGCUUCCAUUCUUAUACUCACACUUUGAUUGUAACUUCGCGCGAAUUCGGUUACGUUCUGUAACCAAGCUUGUAUCCUGGCACGAUCUCGGUAUCCUUUCGAUACCACGAGAUCGCCAGCAAAUAAACCUCGACUUGGUCC